AUGGGCUCGGGAGCAGCGGCGCGAGCGAGUGGGAAGCCCCCCUGGCGCUGCAAGUCACGCAGCGCGCCUGAAGCCAAGGGCUUCAGGAAGCUCAACUUCGGGGACCGCUCGCAGCGCAAGUGGCGAAACUGCCCGAAGUCGUCGCACUUCGGGGGCAAGCCGACGGAGAGCGCGCCCUCCAAGUCGAUAGAGAAUAUCAAGCUGGCGAAGGCGUUGGAGAAGCUCGAGCAGCUCAAGGCGAUGGCUGCAGGCCAGAAGGCGCCCGGCACUGGCCAGGCCGCGUGCGAGAAGCCCCCCGAGGACGCGCAGCUCAAGAGCAUCGCGGACCAGACCAGGAAGAUCGAGAAGCAGAACGGAAAGGAUCGCGGCGAGCUCACCAAGAUUAAGGUGCAGAAGGACGAGCUGGAGGCCAAGGCGGAGGCCCUGCGGCAGGCCACCAGCGAGCGCGACCUCAAGCUUGCGGAGUUCAAGGUGCUGGGCGGCUUCGAGGUCGACGAGGCGCUGCAGCGGUUCAUCAACGCGCAUGCCAUCAGGUACGAGCAGCAACGCAGGGACGCCCGUGCUGCCGAGGCGGAGGCAGCGGCGGCUGCCACUCGCGCCCAGGCGGCGGGUGCCGCUGAGGCAGGCCGCGUCGCCGCAGUGCCAGGCGAAAGUCGGGGCCCUGUCCCUGGCGAAGGGGCCCCAACGGGGGGCGACGCCAUGGGCGACGAGGAGCUGGAGUGCGACAACCAGCACGACUUCCUCAAGAAGGCGGGCCAGGCGCCAGCCCCGCCCGAGGGCUCUGAGCGCCCUGAUGACGAUGCCGCGCGUGCCGUCUUCAAGCGCUACUGGGACGCCAUCGGUGCGACGCCGCCCAAGCGGCAGCGGGAGGACGGGGACGCCUACUACAGCGAGGUGUAUGAGGCAAAGGAGCAGGCAUCCCGCGAGCUGAGUGUGGCCUCGCCCACUGGGGCUCUGCGUACCAGGGCCGGGGAGGCCCCGCAGGCGCAGACCACCACGCCGGCUGCCUUUCGUCGGCGACGCGGUCGGCAGCUUGGACAGGCGCUGGGCGGUCAGUCGACGCAGCGCGGGCAGGCUGCGCUGGCGCGGGGCAAGGCGGGGUCGGCACCUCUUCCUCAGCAGCGGGGCGGUUGGGCGGAGGGCCAGACCCAGGGCGGGCUGGUCGGGGUCUUCGGCCACCAAGGGUACGGCCUCAGAAUGUCAGUCUCGGCUGGCCUGGAAGAAUCUUCCGAGGGGAAGCCAUGGGCGUCGGCCCCAGGGCACGGCCCUGAGGGAGAGGCGGAGGGAUUCAGCCCCUCGAAGUCGCAGCCUCUCCCUCACAUGCAGAAGCCGUUCGACACCUCCCAGGGCGGGAACGAACAGGAAGACGUGCACCUCUGGUCUCACCACGAUCAAUGCGACGUCCUGGGGGUGCACCGGCACGCGGCCGACGGCGAGUCGACACUGGCCAUCGGGGCCCAGGAGCAUCACCGACUAGCCAGAGACUUGGCGGCGCAGCAGCGGGCCUCCAGGGACGCGGUCUGGCACGGGGUUUGGAGCGCCGCCGCUCCUUCGCCCACGUCGGCUGCGGGCUCGGUGGGAAGGGUGGCCGCCCUGGCCCCCGCGUCGGCCUGGGCCACGGCCCUCCCUGGGCGCAGUUUCUCUGAGAUCGUGCCAGGCAGGCCGGUGGCGGGCCGUGUCCGCGCGGGCCCGCGGGCGGGAAUCGUAAUUCUGAGCGUCUAUCUUCACGUUGGAGAGGGCCUCUCAGGCAGCAACAUCGGCAUCGUCUGGCAGCUGUCAAAGUACCUGGGGCAGCUGGAGACCGAAGGUUACCACUGGGACGUAUUGGGGGACUGGAACAUGGAGCCGCAGGUGCUGGACUUCGGCUGGAUCACGCAGCUUCGAGCGGCGGUGAAGGUGGCGGAAUGGCCGCCCUGCAGACAAGGCAGUGGCUCGCGCAUCGACUACUUCGCCGUCUGA